AUGAUUAGAGAAGUGGCAGAUUCCAGUGCCACAAUAAAUGCUGAUUUUCAGGAAGAUAAAGGUCCAUUAACAUUUAUUGCCAAAAAAAUAGAGAUAAUUGAUGUUGAUUUGUCAUCUAAUCCAACUAUUAAUUUUAAUGAUAAAAAUUCUAUACAUAUAAAUAUUAAAAAUUUAAAACUUAAAGUACGUGUACACAUGCUUUUGUCAUUACAUUUUGGUAUAGUAAAUACUGAUAAUAGUGAUGUGACAAUAACUGCAACAAUAAAUAAAGGGUCAAUAAAUCUUAUCACUAACAUUAUAAAACCCGAUAUUAUGCCUUUUGUAAAGUUAACAAAGACCAUUGUAAAGGCAGAUGAAUUUGAUUUUGAUGUUGAGGGAAAUAUUUUAAUCUCAGCAUUGGGUAAAGUUUUAAAAUUAUUUAAGAGUAAAUUUCAAAAAUUAAUUGAAAAUAGAGCUAAGGAAGAAUUUAAAAUAUAUUUUGAAAAACAAAUUAAUAAUAAGUUUAAAACAGUUAAUACAAAUAGAAUAUUUGGUGAUGAUUAUAUGAUAAAAUAUAAUAUAACUGGAAAUGGAUUUAUAAAUAAAAAACAAAAAAUGAAUCUUUAUACAAUACCAUUACAUGGUGGUAUGUGGAUAAAAAAUUCAAUUAUACCAUUAACAGGUACUGUUAAUGAUAAAACUUUAACAUAUAAUGAAUUAAAAAAUAUUGUUAAUAAAACAAUGUAUGAAAAAAUUAAUGAAAAUCCACUAAACUUUCAUCUUCAACAUCCAUCAUCUGUAUGUUACUAUUUUAACAAUAAUCUUUUAUGGAGAUAUAUAACAUUUUAUACAAAAGUAUCUAUAAAUGAAAAAUUGACUUUCAAUAAAUCAUCAACUUUUGAUAAUACUGGUAUUAUUCAUACAACAAUCAAUCAUCAACAAUCCAAACUUCUACUCACUCACCCAACACUAUUAAUUGAUAAUGACAAAAACCUCAAUUUAUCAUUACCAUUUACACAACUUCUUUUGCCGUCAACAAAAAUUCUUAAACAUUCUAAUGUUAAAAUUUUUUUUACCCCAAAUAUUACAACUUUAUGUAGUGAUGUAUCCAUUCAACUUGACUGUCUAGGUCUUGAUUAA